CCGAGGGGGUGAACGAGGCGGAGGGGGAGGAGGGCGAAGGAGAGAACGAGGCGACAGGGUGCGUGGAGGGGGAGGGAGGGAGGCGAGCUUUCGGGUUGCAUGACCGAGUCGACGCACUGGAAGCUUUCCGUGCUUGCGGCGGGAGCCUCAGUAGCCGUUUGUACGUCGACCGGAAGAGCUCCUCGCGUUUACGUCGGUCCCGAGACGCGCGGCGCGCCAUCGUCGACCGAGUGAUCGACGAAUCGAAUCUCGACGUCGCUUGGUGUUGCAAGGGGUUGCGAGUGGUGGAUACUCUUUUCUUCCUUCACAAGGAGAGGAAACGAAUGAACGAACGGACAAACAAAAGGGAUUUCGUAAAUUUUGGUGGAGAAGUGUGUGUGAACUUUUUUUUUUUUUUUUUUUUUUUGGGUUUCCUUCUUCUCUUUUCGCCCUCCCCCCUCCUCCCCGGUCCGAUCGAAUGAAUCGCCGUGGAUAGGUGUGACACACGCGGGGGGGAGCAGGAAGUGUUAAUAUGAACACGGAGCAGUGAACCGUGAACCGCGUAUGUGUGUAUAAAACACCGAGUUGCCCGAGAAUACGAGUGGAGACACGAUGAGAAGUGACACAAGAUAUCGGGAAGCGCGAUCUUCUCUUCUCGCGUCCCUUUUUGUCGUCCUCGCCGUUUUCGUGAUCGGUAAGGAUCCCCCCCUCCCCCCUCUAGUGAGCAGACGGUUGAAAUACAGUGAUCCAUCGAGAUAUUUAUCUUUCCUACUGUUUGGUUUCGAUCGUUAAAAAUGUGCGCGCUGUAACAACGUCGAUAUUGUAAUAACAUACAUGGAUCUCGGAUAAUCGAUCCGAGUAAAUGUUAAGAUUAUUAAAAAUGAAGCACAGGGAAGGAAGGGAUGAAAAAUAUUUAAAUAUUUUUGAAGAUAUAUAUAUAUAUAUAUACGCGUUGGAAUCGCGAAUCGAGAUGAAUUCGAGUGCUUUUUUUUUUAUGAUUCUGAAGAUUGUUGGAUCUUUUUACGAAGAAAUACUUGUAUUUGCCAGAUUUGCUGUCCACGAGUCGAAUUAAGUCGGACGAGACAGUGUGGUGAAAUUUUAACACGAGCGAUCGACGGUUCCCGCGAUCGAUUUGAAAUUCAUCGCGUGUUACUGGAUGUACAUGCACACUUUUACAUUUUCAUCCUCCCUCGCCGGAUAGUAAUUCUCUCUUCGACGUCGCUACUUCAGCUUUCGCAAUCAAAUAACUGGCCUCCUAGAACAAUCAGCAUUUUUCGAUAUCCCAAGGGGGGGAAAAAGGUGAAAUCGUUCGUAUCGAUAUCUUCAAAUAUGCAAAAAGUCUCGUUGAUAAAUAACCUCUUUUGCUUUGCCGAAAUCAAAUUAGAAAUCAUCAUUAAGGAUCGAGUGAAAACAGGAAAAGGAAAAGAAGAAGAAGAAGAAGAAGAAGAGAAAAGGAAAUAUCUACUUUAAAUAAAUAAUUUCACUCUCUUAUUUUAAAAUUAAAUUAAUCGUCGUUUAAAAAGUGAUUAAACGUAAGGAAAAAGAUGAAGUCUAUUUGUUUUAACAAUAUCUCUCUAACGCACAAGUCUUUAUCGUUAAACAAUAUCUCUCGUUUAUUUUGAAAUUAAAUACGAGAGGAGUUUAAAAAACGAUCGGAGAAAAGAAGACUCAUUUUAACGGAAUCUACUUCAAAUAAUCUUCAAAUAAAUAAAUCUUCGCUAAAUAAUUAAAUUUCUAAUCCCUUACUUAAAUAAACAAUUUCUUUCUAAAAUCAAAUCGAAAAUAAUAAAUCGAAAAGAAUCCAGCAGGGAGGAAAACGUAUUUCCACCAACAUUCUGGUGGAAAUCUAUCCGAUACAACACCUUCUCUCUCUCCCCUCCCCAUAAGAGUCGGUGAUUUUUAAAGAUUCAAUCAGUUUUCGUUGGCGCGCUUUUCCCAGCUGAAAGCGACGGCCUUUUUCCAAACCCAUUCGUCUUCGUGAAAGUAUUUGAAACUCGGUUUCGAGACUUGAGAAAUCGCCCCCGGUGAUUGUGCAACGUAUCCGUGUUUUGACUUAAACCACCGACCUAACUUUGUGGAUAAAGUAUCGUGGCAACGACGAGGAAAGAGAGACGCCCUGUACACACACACACACACAUCACCUUGGAUUAUUCGAUUUUUCGGGGAGAGCUAGUGCACUUGCGGAGAAUUUCAAACUACCUUUAUUAGAUACCUUUAUUAGAUGUCCGUACUUCUCGUGAAUCUUCCCGAGGUAUCCAUUUGCGGAGACAGGAGAAGAAGGGCCUUUCUACGUCCGUUUCGACGGCACGUUACACGUUUUCCUUCUUUUGCGCGGGGCAAAAACCACGCUCGAGUAGGAUUGGAACAGUUUUUUCCCAUGGUUGAAAAUUUCUGAUCGCGGCGAAGAAGGAGAAGAAGAAGAUGGAACUAGCUAUAUGUAUAGCUCUCGUGCGCGUUAUUCGAACGAGUUUUUACGACGAAAUGGCAUUACGUUUCAAUCCGUUCAGUUAAAAUAAUCAUUGGUGCUCUACGUGGUUAUGCAAAUUCGGGGAGAGAUCGAUAAAAAUUGAUAUAUAAAGUUAUGUGUGUGCGAGGACUUAAGAAUGUAUCCAUCGAUAUUCCAUUGGCCGUAGCAGAUGGCACCACCGUCAAUAUGAGUUGCGGAUACGAUCUAGAAUCAGAUACUUUGUACACAGUGAAAUGGUACUACAAACGUUUUGAAUUUUUUCGAUACAUUCCUAAAGAAAUGCCACCUACAAGUGCUUUUGGAGAAUUGGGUAACAAAGUUCUCUUAAAUCAAAGUGAUGCUCAUCGCGUAGUUUUAAGGGAUUUGCAACCAAGCCACACUGGAAAAUAUCGCUGCGAAGUUUCUGGCGAUUCUCCAUCGUUUACUACUAUAACGGUCGCCGCUUACUUAUAUGUUGCUAAUUUACCAAAAGGGGAUCCUCAAAUUAGAGCAGAAAAGAUACGCUACGCGGUAGGAGACACGGUGCGUGCAAAUUGCACCGUUCCUUCGGGAAAUCCUCCGGCGAAUGUGACAUGGACUGUGAAUGGAGUACAGGUAAAUUCCAGCUUCAUGAUGAAUAUUACGGACAAGUUUGGUGACAAUCAGCAAUUGAUGACUAUCGCAGGAUUGGACUUCGAGACUAUACAAGAUAGCUUUAACAACGGAAGAUUACAUAUUGUUUGCAAUGCUAACGUCUUUCAUUUGUACAAAAAACAAGCCGAUGUUAUUUUGAUCGAGGAACGGCCACGUCUGGCAUCAGUAUUAGGAACCCGAGAAUCUUCUUAUAUUGGACAUGCAUCAACGCAAUUCACACAAACUUCAUUUGGAAAAUGGUUUAUUGCCUCAACUGCUCUGUUACUACGCCACUUCAGAUAACAACAAUGAACCUGUUAUUCACCCAAUAUGCAUAUGACUGUAUUGAAAUGGAGAGGGCAAAUUGUUUGUAAAAUUUUAAAACUUAAGUGAGACGAGGAAAGAAUGACAAAUUUUUUGGUUAAUAUAAAUAUCGACCGUAUGUUAUUCGUGUAAAUAGGAUAAAAAAAUUAGCUAAUUAUCUACGUGAAAUUGCGACCUGCGCUGUCUCAUUGCAACGAGACAAAUUUAUAAUCUAAAUAACAUGUCAUAAUAUUAUGUAUUAGAUUGACAAAGUGUCGCGCCAAAGUGUUCGAAAAUUUAUUUCAAUACUAUUAUACCAUGUUUUCUAUCCUCUAACAAUGAUUUUGAUACAUUUAAAGAAUCUUCCGUAAAAUAUAGCUGCCAGAAUAUAUCAUCUCAUGUUUAUAGGUAAAAGCUGUUAUUGUUUGUGAAUAAAGUUUUACUUAAGUGAAAAACAAAUAAAUAAUUCACCUUCGUUAUUUUUGUUUUUGUCUUCUUUAAAAUUAUUUCUAUUCCAUUUUUUCCUUAUUAAAUAUUUUUAAUUAUAUUAUUAUUAAGCAAUAUUAGUUUGUACUUUAAAUAUAGAAUUAUAUAUUACUGGUAAAAAUGUGUAUAUGCAUAAAAUUUGUUAUAUUUAAUAAAUAAUAUAUGUAUAUAUAAAAAAAUGGAUAAUAUCAUAAAAUAAAAUUUAAAGCAUCUUA